AUUGAUGAUCUCUCCAAGGAGGAGUCUUGCUUGUCUACAGGCUCCAACGAGGUUUCAAGCACGGAAAGCAGGAUCAUAGCAGCGAGCUGUGAGAAACCGCACAGAGAUUCAAAGAAGAAAGAGAGCCACAGGUCGAGUUCCAUUAGACGUAAAGCUGGAAAGAUCAUGGAGUUUCUUGACACCAGCGCCUCUUCUGAACUUAAAAUCCGUCAGGUGCUUGGAGAUAACGCAGAUACAAGCAAAGCUCUCAGAAUGCUGGUGAAGAUUGGUUAUGUGAAGAGGUCUGGAGCAGGAGGAAAGCAUCACCCCUUUAUUUACAAGACUGCAUGACGAAACUAAACUAGUGCUUGAGGCAGGUCACACUUUAUCCUCCUCCUCCGACGACCUUCUGUUUAUACACGGUAUGAGUUCAUCCUGCUGAGACUGGUUACUAAACUAAAAGCUAU